ACCCCACAACCAAGACACGAGAAAUCACCCAGUGGCUUCAUAUUUCGCAAUGCCGCCCCGCGAGAAGAAGAAAACACUCUCACCCGAAGACCAGCUGCGCCUGAUGGAGGAAUACAACAUCUCAUUCGAUGGCCCAAUUCCCCCUCGUGACUGGCCGGCCAGAUACCGGGAGAAUCUCGAGAAGAUCCACCAGAUUGCACGCGAAACAUACGACGACUACGGAAAGGACGGGCGACUCGCCGAUCGAUUGACCGUCUUGCCCAACAUCGCGCAGGUCAAGCGAAGAGCCUGGGAGCUUCGCAAUGAGGCAUAUCGGUGUCGUCGGCAGAUGGUCAACGAAGCGACGUGGAGGUCGUCCACGGAGAGUUUUGUAACCGCUCAAUUCAACGCUGAAGUCGUGUGGUGAGAUUAACCAAGACGUAGUAAGUGGUGCAUUGGAAUGGCUAAAGUUGCUGGUUACAAUUUCAGUCGCACCUGUCGCAAGCGCUUCUGGGAGGCGGAUUUCCAGGCCACGCCAACGGACUGGGCGACGGCGAGCGAAUACCUGCGGAGAAGACGCGCGAUACGAGAACCCUGCAUCUGCAGUACUGAUGAAAGGAUGGCAGCCGAUAUGUAAUUAUCUAUCUCUUUACUCAAUGAAAUGUACCUGACACUC